AAUAAUAAUAAUAAUAAUAAUAAUAAUAAUAAUAAUAAUAAUAAUAAUAAUAAUAAUAAUAAUAAUAAUAAUAAUAAUAAUAAUAAUAAUAAUAAUAAUAAUAAUAAUAAUAAUAAUAAUAAUAAUAAUAAUAAUAAUAAUAAUAAUAAUAAUAAUAAUAAUAAUAAUAAUAAUAAUAAUAAUAAUAAUAAUAAUAAUAAUAAUAAUAAUAAUAAUAAUAAUAAUAAUAAUAAUAAUAAUAAUAAUAAUAAUAAUAAUAAUAAUAAUAAUAAUAAUAAUAAUAAUAAUAAUAAUAAUAAUAAUAAUAAUAAUAAUAAUAAUAAUAAUAAUAAUAAUAAUAAUAAUAAUAAUAAUAAUAAUAAUAAUAAUAAUAAUAAUAAUAAUAAUAAUAAUAAUAAUAAUAAUAAUAAUAAUAAUAAUAAUAAUAAUAAUAAUAAUAAUAAUAAUAAUAAUAAUAAUAAUAAUAAUAAUAAUAAUAAUAAUAAUAAUAAUAAUAAUAAUAAUAAUAAUAAUAAUAAUAAUAAUAAUAAUAAUAAUAAUAAUAAUAAUAAUAAUAAUAAUAAUAAUAAUAAUAAUAAUAAUAAUAAUAAUAAUAAUAAUAAUAAUAAUAAUAAUAAUAAUAAUAAUAAUAAUAAUAAUAAUAAUAAUAAUAAUAAUAAUAAUAAUAAUAAUAAUAAUAAUAAUAAUAAUAUAAUAAUAAUAAUAAUAAAUAAUAAUAAUAAUAAUAAUAAUAAUAAUAAUAAUAAUAAUAAUAAUAAUAAUAAUAAUAAUAAUAAUAAUAAUAAUAAUAAUAAUAAUAAUAAUAAUAAU